AUGAGUCCAGGGAAAGCAGCGAUCACUCGUGUCGGCGGCAAGGCCGUAGGCCCUGUUGGAUUCGGCAUGUUAGGAUUGACGAAGCCGUGGGCCCCUGUCGAGUAUCCCAUUGCUGUGAAGGUCUUGAGGACGGCAUUAGAGCAAGGUGCGAAUCUUUGGAAUGGCGGUGUGCACUAUGGAACUCCCGAGGCAAAUUCUCUGCAUCUUGUCAAACACUAUUUCGAACAGUAUCCCGAAGAUGCUAGCAAGGUCGUUCUCAGUAUCAAAGGCGCAUUUGGGAUGAAGACCGGGCCAGACGGCAGCCCGGAAGGUAUCCGCGCUUCCGUCGAAGACGCUCUCAAAGUGCUGGGUGGUACUAAGACUAUUGACGUCUUCGAAUGCGCGCGGGUCGACCCUAAAGUCCCCGUUGAGACCUCGAUAAAGGCAUUGGCCGAACUUGUAAAAGAGGGCAAAAUUGGCGGUAUCGGUCUGAGCGAGGUCAGCGCAAACACAAUCCGCAAAGCCUACGCAGUGCAUCCUAUCUCGGCCGUCGAGAUCGAGCUAAGCUUAUUCACGCCCGAUCCUCUUCAUAACGGCGUUGUGGAUACUUGCCAUGAACUCGGUAUCCCUAUCGUAGCCUACAGCCCCAUCAGCCGCGGGUGGCUAACCGGCCAGCUUCGCAAGCUAGACGACCUCCCGCAGAACGACUUCCGCCGCAUGCUGCCGCGCUUCCAACCUGAGGUCUUCGACCAGAACUUCAAGCUCGUUGAGGAGGUGGAGCAGAUCGCCAAACGUAAAGGUGUCACGACGGCGCAGGUGGCUAUCGGGUGGGUGAUUCGCCAGGGGGCCAUACCUAUUCCCGGCUCUGCUCGGGUCGAGCGAGUUGUUGAAAAUACGAAAGCUGCCGAGCUGACAGACGAGGAGUUGGCUGAGAUUCAAAGGAUUCUUGACGCAUUGCCCGUUAGUGGAGAACGCUACGGGGGUACGCAGGAGAAGUUUCUUAAUGCGUAG